GACUACAUCGUCAUCGGCGCCGGCUCCGCCGGCUCCAUUGUCGCCACCCGGCUGAGCGAAGACCCCAGCACCUCCGUGCUCCUGAUCGAGGCCGGCCCCGAUUACCCCAACUUCGACCACCUGCCCGACGAGGUGAAGUUCGGCUACGCCACCGCCACCGACGUGAUGACCAGCGACCAUAACUGGCAGUUCACCGGGCACGGCACCGCGGAAAACCCCGAGAUCAUGGUGCCCCGUGGCAAGGUCACCGGCGGUUCCAGCGCCAUCAAUGGCCAGAUGUUCCUGCGGGGCGUCCCCGAGGACUACGACGGCUGGGCCGCCAUGGGCAAUGACCAGUGGAGCUUCCCGAACCUGCUGGGCUGUUUCCGCCGCCUGGAGACCGACACCGAUUUCUCCGACGAUUUCCACGGCAACGACGGCCCCAUCAUCGCCCGACGCUUCAAGAGCGAGGAUUGGCUCCCGGCUCAAUCCGCCUUCUACAACGCCGCCCGCGCCUACGGUUUCCCGCAUACGGACGACCACAACAGCCCAGAUUCCACCGGCAUUGGCGCUACGCCUUUCAACAACCCCAACGGCAUCCGGUGGAGCACCGCCCUCGGGUAUCUUGACCUGGCGCGCCAUCGCUUGAACCUCACCCUGCGCCCCGACUGCACGGUGCAUCGCAUCCUAUUUGACGGGGACAAAGCCACCGGCGUUGUGGUGGAAAGCGGCGGCGAUGUGUUCACCGUUGAGGGCGAUGAGAUAAUCCUCAGCGGCGGCGCCAUCGCCUCUCCGCAACUGCUCAUGCUGUCCGGCGUCGGCCCCGCCGACCACCUGCGCAGCCUGGGCAUCCCCGUGGUGCACGACAGCCCCGGCGUGGGCCAGAACCUGCGCGACCAUCCCAUCGUGCCCGUUACCUGGCGGACCAGGCCAGGAUUUGAGCUUGACGGUUUCGCGCCCCGGAUGCAGUUGUGCCUGAAAUACACGGCCGAGGAGUCUGAUCUGCGCAACGACAUGAUCAUGAUCUUCUCGUCUUUCGCCACUGAGCAGGUGAUCCGCGGCGGCGACCGCAUGGAGCCCCUGGGCAUCCGCGCCUCGGUGUCCAUCUACCUCGCCGUAGGCGCCGGCGAGCUGAAACUGAACUCCACCGACCCCCACGAGCAGCCCUAUCUCGACUACAACUACCUGCAGGAGGAGUUCGACCGCAAGCGGCUGCGCGAUGGUGUCCGCAUCGCCGCCCAACUGGGCGCGCACGACGACUUCAAGGACAUCAUUCAGGAGCGGACUGAACCCCUGGACUCCGACCUCGAGUCCGACGAAGCGCUGGACCAUUGGCUGCGCAGCAACGUCUCCACCGCCCAGCACAUCUCCUGCACCUGCAAGAUGGGCCCUGCCUCCGACCCCAUGGCGGUCGUUGACCAGUACGGCAAGGUCCACGGGUUGGAUAAUAUCCGCGUGGUGGACGCUUCCAUCAUGCCCGACUGCAUCCGCGCCAACACCAACGUCACCACCAUGAUGAUCGGCGAGCGCGUCUCCGAGUUCAUCCUGCAAGGCAACUGA